AUGGGAGCGCCACUUCUGCUGCAGGUGACGACACACGACCAGGACGUCACCGGUAUUCACAUGCGAUCAUCUGUUGGGGGCGUGCCGCUUGAUGUCAUCGCCCGCGCAUUCACGCAGGCGCGCGCAUCAUCGGAAGCGAUUGGACGCGAGAUGUCUGCGCGUGUGUCUGCGCCGCUCAAACCCAAGGAGAACAUCCCAUGCAUUGGUCUGGCGCCGUCGUUGAUGUGUGAUUCAGUUUCUAUUGGGGUCGGUGACACCGUGGUGGCACGCGUGCGGCGGAUGAUGGCGUUUGGAAUCGUCGUGGAGGCAGACGGGUACUCGAGCCUCGUCCAUAAGACCACGCCCGGCAACAAGGGCCUGAUGGAGUGCCAAGUCGGGGACAAGAUCAAACUUCGGUGCAUCACGAACAACGGAUCGCCUGCACUCGUCCUCGCAAGAUAG